UGGUUCAGACGAGAUGCAAUCCGUGAGAAUCGAGUUAUCCGAUGUUGGAACGAGCAACGUAAGUGAAGUGUCCAGUUUACGUUCUCUGACUUCUUAUGGUUAUGAUGAUGAUGAAGGUGAUGAAUAUGAGUCCCAAUGGGCUGCGAUUGAGAGGCUACCAACGUCUGAACGGAUCACCACGGCUCUUUUUGAUGACAAAGUGUCGGACGGAAAAGCAGACGCUAUGGGGAAUAUCAGAAGAAAAAGACUUGUUAAUGUCACCGAACUCCGACCUGUUGAGCGGCAUUUUCUAGUGGAGAAGCUUGUGAAACACGUUCCGGAUGAUAACCUGCGUUUGUUGGAAAAACUUAGACACAGAAUUGAAAGGGUUGGGGUGCAGCUUCCUUCUGUGGAAGUGAGAUAUAAAAAUCUGAGUGUUCAAGCUGAAUGCCAGUUGGUUCAUGGCAAACCCCUUCCCACGCUCUGGAAUGCCAUGAAAGCCGCCUUUUCCGGUAUAGCCAAUCUAUUAGGCUCGAAACAAGAGGCCGAGAUAAGCAUCCUAAAAGACGUCAGCGGCAUCGUGAAACCCGGAAGGAUGACUUUAUUGCUCGGCCCUCCUGGAAGCGGCAAAAGUACAUUCUUGCUUGCGCUUGCCGGGAAAUUAAGCCAAACUCUCAAGGUUUCGGGGGAAAUAACUUACAACGGCUAUCGACUGGACGAGUUCAAUCCUCAAAAAACCUCGGCUUACAUUAGCCAAUAUGAUCUGCAUACUCCAGAGAUGACGGUGAGGGAGACGCUUGAUUUUUCUGCUCGCUUUCAGGGUAUAGGUAGCAGAGCCGAAAUCAUGAAGGAAAUCAGCCAAAGAGAGAAGCAUGCGGGGAUAGUUCCGAAUCCCGACAUAGAUGCCUACAUGAAGGCGAUAUCAGUUGAAGGUAUGGAAAGUACCCUUCAAACAGAUUAUAUUCUGAAGAUUCUUGGACUUGACAACUGUGAUAACACAAGAGUUGGUGAUGCCAUUAGAAGAGGUGUCUCAGGUGGUGAAAAAAGGAGAUUGACAACAGGAGAGAUGAUUGUUGGUCCAACAAAGGCUUUGUUCAUGGACGAAAUAUCGAAUGGCCUUGAUAGUUCUACCAGUUUCCAGGUUGUUUCCUGUCUUCAACAUUUGGUUCAUCAUACCGACGCUACCGCAUUGAUUUCACUUCUUCAACCUGCACCAGAGAUCUUCGAGCUCUUCGAUGAUGUUAUUCUGAUGGCAGAAGGGAAAGUUGUGUAUCACGGCCCUCGCACUUAUAUUUGCAAAUUCUUCGAGGAUUGCGGGUUUAGGUGCCUAGAAAGGAAAGGAAUUGCCGACUUCAUUCAGGAGGUAAUCUCUAGGAAAGACCAAGCACAGUAUUGGUACCGUAAGGAACUACCUUACAGCUAUGUUUCUGUUAAUCAAUUCAUCCAAAAGUUUAAAGAAUGUGAAAUCGGCCUGAAUCUAGAUAAGGAACUCUCGGAGCCAUUUGAAAAGACUCAAAGUGGCCGAGAUUCGCUUUCCUUUAAAAGGUAUUCGCUAAGUAAAUGGGAACUGUUUAAAGCUUGCUCGACGAGGGAAUUCCUGCUAAUGAAGAGGAAUGCUUUUCUGUAUGUGUUCAAGUCCGUACAGCUUCUCAUGAUUGGUUCAAUGACUUUGUCGGUUUUCCUACGCACUCAAAUGGCUGUUGACAUCAUCCAUGUGAAUUAUUAUGCGGGUGCUCUCUUUUUCACUAUCAUUAUACUAUUUGUUGAUGCAUUUCCGGAACUGAGCAUGACCGUAUCAAGACUCGAUGUGUUCUACAAACAGAGAGAGCUUUGCUUCUAUCCUGCAUGGGCUUACGCAAUUCCUGCAGCAAUCCUAAAAGUUCCGCUUUCGUUAAUGGAAUCCUUUUUAUUGACUGCUCUCACCUAUUAUAGCAUCGGUUACAGCCCUGAGGUCGGAAGGUUCUUUUUGCAGUUCCUUGUAUGCUUCGGUCUGCACCUAACAGGAAUGUCCAUGUUCCGUGUAAUUGCUUCAUUGUCCCAAACGAUAGUUGCUUCGACAACCGCUGGUACUCUUGUACUAUUGACGAUUACAUCCUUUGGUGGCUUCAUUGUCGCAGAACCAUCUAUGCCUUCCUGGUUAAAAUGGGGAUUUUGGCUAAAUCCUAUGUCAUAUGGGGAGAUAGGCUUGACAUUGAACGAACUUCUUGCUCCUCGGUGGGAAAAGGUUGAGUCCGGAAACACAAGCAUUGGACAACAAACCCUAGAAAGCCGUGGAUUGAACUACGAUGGCUACUUUUACUGGUUAUCCGUCUCAGUUUUGUUCGGAUUAACAGUGCUUUUCAAUGUCAUUUUUACUUUGGCUUUGACUUUCUUGAAGCCUCCAGGAAAGACUCGUGCUAUAGUUUCGUUCGAGAGAUACUCUCAACUUCAAGGACUUGAAGAAGAUAACAAAGAUGAAAGUAUACAGAAAGAAAGCAAAAUCUUCAUUGAGUCUGAAAAUAUUGCAGUAUCUACAGAAGGCAAAAUGGCUUUGCCAUUCCAGCCCCUAACGGUCGCAUUCCGGGACGUGAAGUACUAUGUGAAUGUCCCUGUGGGUUUUAAGCACAAAAGGGUGCAGCUUCUGUCGGACAUUACGGGAGCAUUCCAGCCUGGCAUUUUGACAGCAUUGAUGGGUGUCAGUGGAGCAGGUAAAACAACUCUUAUGGAUGUUCUUUCCGGAAGGAAAACCGGGGGUACCAUCGAAGGAGAGAUUAGAAUUGGUGGGUACCUCAAGGUUCAAAAUGCAUUUGCCAGAGUAUCAGGCUACUGUGAGCAAACUGAUAUACAUUCUCCCCAUCUCACCGUCGAGGAAUCGCUGAUGUAUUCCGCUUGGUUGCGUCUUCCAUCUUAUAUCGAUUCGAAAACUAAAGAUAACUUCAUAAAUGAAGUACUUGAAACCAUAGAGCUCGAAGAAAUCAAAGAUUCGAUAGUAGGCAUAGCUGGAGUCAAUGGGUUGUCUACCGAGCAGCGUAAGAGGCUGACUAUAGCUGUAGAGCUCGUUGCCAAUCCAUCCAUCAUGUUUAUGGAUGAACCAACUUCGGGUCUAGAUGCAAAAGCAGCAGCAAUUGUUAUGAGAGCGGUGAAGAACGUAGUCGAAACCGGAAGAACCGUUGUUUGCACCAUCCACCAACCUAGCAUUCACAUAUUCGAGGCAUUCGACGAGUUGAUCUUAAUGAAAACCGGAGGGAGCAUUAUCUACUCUGGACCGCUCGGUCAGCAGUCCAGUCGAGUUAUUGAGUACUUUCAGAACAUCCCUGGAGUGCCGAAGAUUAAAGACGAUUAUAAUCCAGCGACAUGGAUGUUGGAAAUUACUUCUCAAUCUGCAGAGGCUCAAACUGACGUAGAUUUUGCUGAUAUUUAUAAGAGAUCCUCUUUGUUUCGGGAAAAUCUAGAGUUGGUUAAGCAAUUGAGUUCACCUCCUCCUGAUUCAAAAGAACUGCGGUUUCCGAAUCGAUUCCCUCAGAAUGGUUGGGAGCAGUUCAAAGCAUGCCUGUGGAAACAGCACUUGUCAUAUUGGAGAAGUCCUUCGUAUAAUUUGACACGUUUUUUUUCCUACUCUGUCUCGUGUGUUAUCUUCGGCAUACUGUUCUGGCAGCGAGGGGACAAAAUAGAAAACCAACAGGACCUGUUUAAUGCACUUGGUGUGAUGUAUGCAGCCAUAUUCUUCUUCGGCAUAAACAGUAUCUCAUCGGUUUUACCAUUCGUUUCGAUCCAGAGAUCAGUUAUGUACCGGGAAAUGUUUGCAGGAAUGUACACUCCGUGGGCGUACUCAUUUGCACAGGUCAUAAUUGAGAUCCCAUACAUGCUUACUUCGGCGCUUCUAUACGUGAUCGUCACAUAUCCGAUGAUUGGUUAUUACUGGUCAGCCAAUAAAGUAUUGUGGUCAUUUUACACCAUAUGGUGUUCAGUGCUAUGCUUCACCUACUUAGGAAUGAUGAUAGUUUCAAUAACACCCAAUGUUCAAGUGGCUUUCAUUGUGAGCUCAUUUGCUACCUCCACCAUGAAUUUGUUCUCCGGGUAUUAUCUUCCAGUACCGAAAAUGCCGUGCUGGUGGGUCUGGCUAUGCUACUUAUCCCCCACGUCUUGGUUGCUGAAUGCCAUAUUCAUGUCGCAGUAUGGAGAUAUUGAUAAAGAAAUACAGGCUUUAGGAGAAACCAUGACGGUUUCAGCUUUCAUAGAAGAUUAUUUUGGUUAUCAUCAUAAGUAUCUAGGUUCGGUUGCCGUUGUUCUCAUCAUCUUCCCCGUUGCAUUGGCUUCUCUUUUCGCCUUUUUUACUGGAAAAUUGAAUUUCCAAAGGAGGUAGAGACAGAUCUGUCUCUGUUGCUUAUAUAUCUGUAUAAAUCACUCCCUGGUAUACCAAUAA